GCGGGGCAUAACAAAAAAGUAAUGGCCAUUUAUUUGAGACCUGAAGACGCAGGUUUAGCGUAAUUUUCGUUGGAUUACCUCAACUGGGCUUGGUUUCGCUGCGUGCUAGCGCGCGCCUUCCUCUGUGCAUAGUCACGAGCUGCGUUUUCCGUUGGAUUUUCGCAGUUCCCCGCGCCGGACCGCUCCAUAAAGCUGGGCUGAACUCGGUGUCGCGUUUAGGGUUAAGCAGCCAGGCUAGCCACGCUAACGCUAGCUACUACAACCCGAAGCUGUGUGUGUGUGUGUACGUGUGUGUGUGUGCGAGCGCGCAAGGGCGUACGUAGUUUGACGUUUCUCGCCAAGUCUCUUCACGUAUUAUUUUUUUUUUUUUGAAGUUUAAAGUUACGUAGGCGUCUCUUCUUGAGCAUAUUCUUCCCCGGUCGGCAAAGCGGACCCACUUUGCCAGGCAGAGCAUGAUGAUGAAGGCAGCGCCAACCAAAGAGGAUUAAAAAGGUGCUCCACACACCGAUGGGGAAAAGUUAAGCAGAGGAUUAACAGCACUGGAUUAAACCCAAGAAACGGUUUCGAGUCUCACCUAUUGCGCAAAGGCAUGCUAAAACCCCAGUGAUGGAGGCCACUGUUGUGAGUACGUCCACUCUCGCCACCGAUGAGUUUGACAGGAACGUGCCGCGGAUCUGUGGCGUGUGUGGGGACAAAGCCACUGGCUUCCAUUUCAAUGCCAUGACCUGUGAAGGAUGCAAGGGCUUUUUCAGACGCAGCAUGAAGCGCAAGGCCUCCUUUACGUGUCCUUUCAACGGCAGUUGCACCAUCACCAAGGACAACAGGCGUCACUGCCAGGCAUGCCGGCUGAAACGCUGCGUGGACAUUGGAAUGAUGAAAGAGUUCAUUCUGACAGACGAGGAAGUGCAGAGGAAGAAGGACCUGAUUCAGCGGAGGAAGGACGAAGAGGCGCAGCGUGAAGCAGAAAGGGAGGCGCGUCGGCCUAAGCUCACCGAUGAACAGAGUCAAACCAUCGCCACUCUGGUGGAGGCGCACCACAAAACAUAUGACGACUCUUACUCUGACUUCUGCCGCUUUAGGCCUCCAGUGCGUGACGGUCCCGUGACGCGAAGUGCCAGCAGAGCCGCCUCCCUCCAUUCUCUCUCCGAUGCUUCCUCUGACUCCUUCAGUCACUCUCCAGAAUCGGUUGACACAAAAAUGAAUUUCAACAACCUGCUGCUGAUGUACCACGAACAGGGCAGUAGCCCCGACUCCAGUGAGGAGGAGGGGUCCAGCUUGUCAAUGCUGCCGCACCUGGCUGACCUGGUCUCCUACAGUAUCCAGAAGGUCAUCGGAUUUGCCAAAAUGAUCCCAGGAUUCAGGGAGCUGACUGCAGAGGACCAGAUCGCUCUGCUGAAGUCCAGUGCCAUUGAGGUGAUCAUGCUGCGUUCAAAUCAGAGCUUCAACUUGGAAGACAUGUCCUGGAGCUGCGGAGCACCUGACUUCAAAUACCAGAUCAGCGACGUCACCAAAGCGGGUCACACUCUGGAUCUACUUGAGCCGCUGGUGAAGUUCCAGGUCGGCCUGAAGAAGCUGAACCUCCAGGAAGAGGAACAUGUCCUGCUGAUGGCCAUCUGUUUGCUGUCUCCAGACCGACCCGGUGUGCAGGACCACGCACGCAUCGAAGCCCUCCAAGACCGCCUGUCUGAGACCUUGCAAGCCUACAUCCAGCUUCACCACCCGGGGGGGCGGCUGCGGUACGCCAAGAUGAUCCAGAAGCUGGCCGACCUCCGCAGCCUGAACGAGGAGCACUCCAAGCAGUACCGCUUGCUGUCCUUCCAGCCCGAGCACAGCAUGCAGCUCACCCCGCUGGUGUUGGAGGUGUUUGGCAGCGAGGUCUCCUAGACGUCAGGAAGCUGGUGACCCCAAGAGGGUGAAACGGGGGAGUGUGGGAGCCGAGAAUGUGCAGAUGGACUAAAAAGCAGGUGUGAAGUAUGGAGAUGUGCAGGAAAGCGCAGCGUAUGUGUGCGCGCGUGUCUGUGGCUUCUUUAUGUAACGUUUAAAGAAGUCCAUCUUGGUGUGCAACCCAAGGUCGCGUGGAGAGCAAGCCCACGUUUAACACAGUAAACAAGGGAAUGUCAUAUAGUACAAAUUAAGCUAUCUGUUGAACAUCUACCUAUAAAUAUAUACAGUGUUUUUAUAAGUAUUUAACUACAAAACAAGCUGCUUGAAAUACCUGGACAUUUGCAACACAACAAAACAUUCUCAGAUGUUAAUUUAGCCAUUCAGUUAAGCUACCUCUUGGUUUUACUGGGGUUGUUUUAUAAGUGCAUCACCUAUGUGAAACAGUAACUUUUCACCGGAACAGUUUUGAUACCGCACAGCUUACCGUUCAGUUUACCAGUGCAAAAGCAGUGCCUGCAGAUGACUCUGAAGUUUUCCUCAUUGACGAACCGUGUGUUUUUGUUGUUGUUUUCGUUUGUAUCUGCUUCUCUUCGAUACACCGUUUCUAAAUGACUGUGUACAAUUCAAGCCUUCCACCUUUCACCAAAGGUAUGGUCAGCUACUUUAUAAUGAGAAAGAGAAAAAAAAAAAAGGUUUCUAGCACCUAAAAGUAACCUUGCUGCUCCAUGGCUCGCAUUACACGCGCUGCCACUCGUCUUCUGACUGGCCUCACAGCCAAUGAAGGAAAAUAUGGUUGUAUAGAUUUUUUUAUUGCUUAAUGCAGAGCGUAGUCUGUAACCUAGUGAGGUUUUAUAGGACUUUAGUGUGCCUGAUUUUGAGGUGAGAAUUAGCCACUACAUGUGUUAGCUACUUUUACACUGCUAGUAAUCAAUCAAACAAAGCCAGCAUUAUGGCUCCUUAUAUUUUUGAAAUUGUUUCCUUCUAUUUGGUUUGAUUCUUUCCAUGUUCGUAAUGACGUGUAUCUGAAGCACUGUUAAGCCACCCUUUAGUUAACCCUAUGUAUCUUUAUUAUCACAGAUUUUUAAAGGGCUAAAAUGCCAAAACUAACUGGAAUAGUAAAAUUGAGGCCAAAGCAAGAGGCCAGUCUUCUUGUUGAUGUACAGCUGCAUACCAUACUCGGACUUGGCGUCGAAACGGACAUAUAAGCAAUACACACGCGUUUUCUCUUUGUUUGUUUUUUUAUACGUCAUUUUACCUUAAAAAAAAAACAAUUCCAUGAAUUGUUCCUCCUCAGAAUACAGUGAGCUCAGCGGGCAGAGAGCUUGGGAAGCUGCUUCAGACCUCCACAAAUAUCACACCCUUUCGUUUCUGACGGGGAAGUGGAUUUUCUAGAAUGUCUUGAGGGCCUGGCUGUGGUGGUGGUGGUCCACACCCAGGCCCUCCCGUUUGAUGAUGUAUGCUGCGCAGCCCUCUAGUGGCUAAACUGUAAAUAUUAUUUACUAAACGUUUAAGCGCUCACAUCCUGCUUUAGUAGGUAUACCUAAUAAAACGGUGAUGAUCUGCCAUUAGAUUUUUCUUUUGUUGAGGUCCAAAAGCUGCUGAAGUUGUUCUGAAGCGUUUUUUUUUGUUUUUUUAUAUAUAUAUAAGGAGGUGGCCCCAGGUUGUUUGUUACCUCUAUAUAUUACGGCUCUCAGAACCACUCCACCACCAGGAUCUCAGUCCAACAGAAAUGACAAAAUCAUCACCUCAACUAAAAGAAAAAAGUGAACCUGUUGAUUCCCAGCAGAGCUACUGUAUUGGAAGGCAUUUGGAUUCUAGAGGUGUACCUUUGAAAGCGCUAUGUGACCGUGUACUUAUAUAUAAAUAUAAGCCUGCUGCUGUACAUAGGGCUACAUAAAUCCUCAAGGCUUUUUUUUUAUUAUGAAAGAUAUAUGCAAAAACAACAGACCCAUCUCUGUUUCACUACACUCUGUACUAGAACCAUGUUUUUAUGUCAGAGCUAUUCUCUAACUGCUCUCACAACACACGAGGACCUUUCUUGUUUUUUUUUCUGGGGUGGGGGGCAGGCAGCAUUACUCAGCACCAGGACAACUACCCAAAAAAAGGUGUCCAUCCCCCCCUGUUUUGAUUUUUUUUUUUUUAUCCUGCAUUGGCAGGACUGGUGAUUGUGUGGGAAGUUUCUUUGUUUGGGAGAAAUGCACGCACUCCCCCAUUGCAGUGUCCUGCUGGGAGUGAAGGUUGGGAGGCUGAGGCUCGUGCGUCAUGUGACGUGAGGAUCUCGGCUCGCUGUGGUGAAAUUCGUUCACCAAGCACUCACUGAAGAAGCUGCUCCACGCUGCUGCAGACAUGGAACCAUGACUUUGAAGUAUUCAGGAGCAAAUCAAGGGGUCUGACUGAAGUUGGAUCAUCAUUUUAGCACUUUGGUAUUUGGAAGCCCCCCCAUGACCAGUUAUCAAUAUCCCACUAAAGUAAUAUGAAUGUUUGGAGUCGGUGCUCCGUUUGUUGGUUUGCUCCUGCUCUCUAUUUUCAUUUAGCCCCGCCCCCUCCAGCAGUACUGACCGAUCUGGUUCCCGGUUGUUUUUGAUGCAGCUGCUUAUUUUCCUUUUCAGAAAGACACAGAUCUUCUUAUCUAUAAGCCAUAUUCUGAAGUUCACUAAGUUAGUCUCAUCGUCCUGCUGCAUGACCGGAUCUUUAACUCUACUUUAGGGAGACGAACCUCCGGAUGAUGGAAACCUUCCUCCUCUCUGCUGUCCAUCGUCUUUGAACUGCCAACACAUCUUCCUGGCUUGAUUGGUUCAGCUUGCAUGAUGUGGAUUUUACUUUGAAAUCCUUCCCUACAUGUUGGAAGUCUGCACAGCAUAGCACAAAUAAAUCUUCAGACUUAACAGAUUUCCUCCUAGAAUUGACAUGGACUAAGAUGACCCUGAUUGAACUGUAGAGGGUCAAAGCUCGUUUUGCUUGGUUAUUUCCCACCGCUUCUUCUCUGGCAUGUUUGUGCAUUGUAGAUAUUUUUCUUGAGGUGGAGUGUUCGUUUGAUGUCUAAGUGCCACAGGGAGAGUUCCCUCCAUGCAGGAACAGGGUAACGCACGAAUUCUUGUGGAUUUGACGGUCGUACAGGAACGCCCUCCAGGUCGCGUCCGGGCCGCUUAUCAACUAGUGGGCAAGAUUUCCCAAAACCCCCCCUUUUUUUUUUGUCUCCAUCUGCCGGAUUUGAUUUUUAUGAUUUCCAAACGCAGGAAAUGUUAAUAUGAGCUCAUUUGGUUGCGUCUUUGGUAGGCUGCUCAGUAUCUGUAGAAAUUCCCAUUAGAAUGGCAACUUAGCACAGCGACAAUGCCUACAAUAUCUAGUACACACUAUCACCAGCAAGCUUUACUAAACUCAUGUUCUUACAUUUUUGGAUGAUUUUUUAGUAGCACACCUAUUCUUACAAAACCUCUCUGUAAAACAUGUACAGUUUAAUAUUCGCUGAGAACUCUCUGCCAUCUCUCAUGCGAAGGAUUUCAAGCCUUCGCCUUUUUUUUUUUUUUUUUUUUUUUUGCGUGUUCCUUCCGGACAGGCAUUGUGACGGAAUCAACCUAACAUAGUUUCAUAGGAGCGUCCGCGAUGGAGGCUCUACCGAAAACAAGUAAAAAAGUUAAAAAAAAAAAAAAGAAACAAAAACCCACCUACCUCUGUUAGCUCAGAUUUUGCUUUAGCAUCAAGCAUUUGCCUCUGUUUUUACUUUUAUAUUUGUAUUCGUGUUGAUAUUUAUUGCUGUCUAAUGAGUCAUACUUCAAUGAUUACCUCAGAGAUAUCUCACAGAUUUGGGAGAGUCCAGCUAAUGAAGUCAUUCAUAGUUUGUCUUUAGAUGUUAUGUGGACUUAUUGUCUUGUUUUUUUCUCCUCAGAUUUAGCGCCUCUUUUGUUUUUUUGUUUUUUUUCUUCAAACGCACAAAAACCAGGAGUGUUUUUCAGACAGUGCCUGCACUCUGACCAUCUGGACUCUGGCUAGGAUCGGACUGGAUUUACUCCAGGAUCCACAUCCCCUUUUCUGCAUAUUUGUUCUUUAUUUUUGAAAUUCAAUGCAACCGAAGUAUUUAGUGUUGCUGUUUUGAGCUCAAAGUGUUUAGAGCAGGAGGAGAGUUUGUGUGUCAGAGGAAGGGUUUGUGCAUCCUCUUCGCUGUUUUUUGUUUUUUUUCUCCAUCUGUUGUGAAGUGUCAGAUCAUCAUUCCCGAUUUGGUAAAACGGAGGAAUGGGGGUGGGGGAGAGAUGGUGCAAUUCUCCGUAGCCAUGCAAUGCUGCUUUAUUCUGAAGGGCCAGAAAGCUGUAGCCGAUGCUACACGACGUGGGCGUCAUCCAGGGUUUUCAGAGGAGCCUCAGACUCUGCUGGAACAGAUCUUUUCAAAACAUGCAGAUCCUCAGACUCUUGUUAAUAUAAGGACUCACUUUCCUCUUUAAAUUAACUUUGUUCAAAAGUGUUGCCUUGGUCACAUCUGCCCAGCUGUGUGCCAUAACAGGACCCUUCAUGCAACCCCGACCACACGUGUCCCUCAGGUAAACCUGAGAGGAGAGAAUGUCUUGUUUGGUAUGAUUUCAGUCUAGAAAACAAGUUUAAAAAAAAAAAAAAACAAUCAA